AUGGACAGAACCGAGACCAGAAACACGACGGAGACGGCUCCUGCGAAGAAGGACAUGUCGGUCAGCCGAGUCGUCGACUACGACAUAAUUGAAGGUUCCAAACAAGCUGCUCGCAGAGAGCACGACCUCACUAUCCGGCAGGCGGUUUCUCGACACAGGAAAGCCGUGCUCUGGGCGGCCUUCUUUUGCCUGCCCAACCUGAUCAUUGGAUACGAUCCCACCAUUGUCAGCACGCUGGUCGGGAUCCCUGAAUUUCGAAAGAGAUUUGGCUAUGAAUACCCAGCCGGCUCGGGCACCUAUGUGCUUGAGGCUGCCUGGACAUCGGCGUUCACAUAUGCACCCGUCAUCGGCUUUCUGCUGGCCUCGGUCUGGGGAGGAUGGUGCGUCGACCGGUUCGGUCCGCGCAAGACGCUCUUGGGUGCCACAACCUUGUCGCUGGGGACCUUGCUGAUCGAGGUGCUCGGCGAGAGCGCGGCCGUCAUCUUCGUCGGCGACCUUCUCACGGGGCUGCUCACGGGCAGCUUCCCUGUCCUGGGCCCCGCUUACAUCUCUGAGAUCCUCCCGGUGUCUCUUCGAGGCAUCGGACUAUCGUGCAAUAACAUGGCUCAAGUCCUAGGAUCUCUGAUCGGGAUCGGCAUCUUGCGCGGGACGGAGGACCGCAUGGACAAAUGGGCGUACAAGGUGCCCUUCAUCACCGAGUACGCGUUCCCGCUCAUGUUCAUCGUCGGCGUGAUUUUGGCACCUGAGACCCCUUGGUUCCUGGCGAAAAAGGGCCGCAACGAGGCCGCGGCCAAGUCGCUCCAGAGGAUCGGCUACGCCGUCGGCGACGAGAUUGACAACACCAUAGCCCACAUGCAGGAGACCAUCCUCCUCGAGGAAGAGCUCUCCAAGAGUACUACCUACCUGGACUGCUUCCGGGGCACCAACCUCCGACGGACAGUCAUCUGUGCAACUGCCUACAGCGGUCAGUUCUUCUGCGGCAUCAACAUCGCCUCGGGCUACUGUACCUACUUCUUUGAGCUCGCCGGCGUCACCACCAACCAGGCUUUUGAUCUUUCGUGCGGCCUCUUCGCCCUGGGAGUAGUCGGGAACAUGCUGGCGUGGCCCCUGAUGACAUACUGGGGUAGGCGAAGCGCGUACCUGCUGACCGCCGCGCUGGCGACGAUGUUCAUGUACCUCAUCGGCUUCCUGGGUAUCGCGCCCAACUCGAACACCGGCGCCAUGUACGCAAAGUCCGUCAUCCUGCUGCUCUUCAACUUCGUCUACAACAUCGGCCUGGGCCCCAUCGUCUAUGUGCUGAUCGCCGAGCUGCCAUCGACGAAGAUCCGCGGGAAGACGCUCGGUGUGGCCUGCUUCGUGCCUCACAUCUUCUCCAUCUCCAUCACGGCCGGCCUCCCGUACGCCAUGAGCGCCACUGAGGCCAACUGGGGUGCCAAAACAGGCUUCUUGUUUGGCGGCCUGGGCACGCUUACCGUCAUCUGGGCCUUCUUCUGUCUUCCCGAAAGCAAAGGUCGCACUUUUGAGGAACUUGACAUUCUCUUUGAGCGCAAGAUCCCGGCCAGGAAGUUCGCAACCACUGACCUCACCGACUUUGACCGUAGCGCCAUUGUCGAUGCCAAGUAUGUGGAGGCAUAG